UGAGGCAGAGCAGGGAUGGGAAGGUCAGUGAUGUCAGCAGUGAGUAUUCCCAGCACAGCUCCCUGGAAGAGGCAGAAGGCAUUUCUCUCAGUAAAUGAUCAUUAUUCAGCCUGCAGGCAUUCAUCGAAUGGGGCUCCCAUCUUGACUGCGGAUGUUUUGCUUAAGAUAGGAAUGAUGGUGGUUAGACAUUCAGGCGAACUUCCUGUCUUAGGGAUUGGAACUACUGGAGCGAGGAGUGAGAAUGGGACCCAGGUGACCCCGGGUGCCCACUGCCCCAGUCCCCCUGGCACAGGUUGCCCCAGGCCCCACGCAGACACGCCAGGCCCUCAGCCCCAGCCUAUGGACCUGCGGGUGGGCCAGCGGCCCCCGGUGGAGCCCCCACUGGAGCCCGCGCUGCUGGCCCUGCAGCACCCCCAGCACCUGCACCACCACCUCUUCCUGGCAGGCCUGCAGCAGCAUCGCUCGGUGGAGCCCAUGAGGCCCUGCCCACAGCUCUCCAUGGACACGCCAAUGCCUGAGUUGCCAGUGGGGCAGCAGGAGCAAGAGCUGCGGCAGCUUCUCAAUAAGGACAAGAGCAAGCGAAGCGCUGUGGCCAGCAGUGUAGUCAAGCAGAAGUUGGCAGAGGUGAUUCUGAAGAAACAGCAGGCAGCCUUAGAGAGGACAGUCCAUCCCAGUAGCCCCAGCAUUCCCUACAGGACUCUCGAGCCCUUGGAGACGGAAGGAGCCACCCGCUCCAUGCUCAGCAGCUUCCUGCCUCCUGUUCCCAGCCUGCCCAGUGACCCCCCAGAACACCACCCUCUGCGUAAGACAGUCUCUGAGCCCAACCUGAAGCUGCGCUACAAGCCCAAGAAGUCCCUGGAGCGGAGGAAGAACCCGCUGCUCAGAAAGGAGAGCGCCCCUCCCAGCCUCCGGCGGCGGCCUGCCGAGACCCUCGGAGGUAGUAGCAGCACACCCGCGUCAGGGUGCAGCUCUCCCAAUGACAGCGAGCACGGCCCCAACCCCAUCCUGGGCUCGGAGGCGCUCUUGGGCCAGCGGCUGCGGAGGCAGGAGACCUCUCUGGCCCCGUUCGCCUUGCCGACAGUGUCCUUGCUGCCCGCAAUCACACUGGGGCUACCCGCCCCUGCCAGGGCUGAUGGUGACCGCAGGAUCCAUCCAACUCUGGGCCCUCGGGGGCCAGUCCUAGGGAGCCCCCAUGCUCCCCUCUUCCUGCCCCAUGGCCUGGAGUCUGAGGCUGGGGGCACCAUGCCCUCUCGUCUGCAGCCCAUUCUCCUCCUGGAUCCCUCAGUCUCUCACACCCCCCUGCUGACUGUGCCCGGGUUUGGGCCCCUGCCCUUCCACUUUGCCCAGUCCUUACUGACCACCGAGCGGCUCUCUGGGUCAGGCCUCCAUUGGCCGCUGAGCCGGACCCGCUCAGAGCCUUUGCCCCCAAGCGCCACCGCCCCCCCAUCACUGGGCCCCCUGCAGCCCCGCCUGGAGCGGCUCAACCCUCACGUCCAGCUGAUCAAGAGGUCAGCCAAGCCGAGUGAGAAGCCCCGACUACGGCAGAUACCCUCGGCUGAGGACCUGGAGACGGAUGGUGGGGGAGUGGGGCCCCCGGGGGAUGACAGCCUGGCAUGCAGGGGGUCGAGCUCGGGGCAGCAUGAAGCCAGAGGCCCUGUUCUCCAGCAGCACCAGCAGGUGUUCCUCUGGGAGCAGCAGCGACUGGCCGGACGGCUGCCGCGGGUAGGCACUGGGGACCCUGUGCUGCUCUCCCCGGCCCAGGGCGGUCACCGGCUGCUGUCUAGGACUCAGUCAUCCCCAGCUGCACCUGCCUCGCUGCCAACGCCAGAGCCCCCCAACCAGGCCCGUGUCCUGCCCAGCUCAGAGGCCCCCGCCAGGACCCUGCCCUUCACCACAGGGCUGGUGUAUGACUCGGUCAUGCUGAAGCACCAGUGCUCCUGUGGAGACAACAGCAGGCACCCGGAGCACGCGGGCCGCAUCCAGAGCAUCUGGUCCCGGCUGCAGGAGCGGGGGCUCCGAGGCCAGUGUGAGUGUCUCCGAGGCCGGAAGGCCUCCCUGGAGGAGCUACAGUCGGUGCACUCCGAGCGGCACGUGCACCUCUACGGCACCAACCCGCUCAGCCGCCUCAAACUGGACAACGGGAAGCUGGCAGGGCUCCUGGCACAGCGGAUCUUUGUGAUGCUGCCCUGUGGUGGAGUUGGGGUGGAUACUGACACCAUCUGGAACGAGCUGCACUCCUCCAAUGCAGCCCGCUGGGCCGCCGGCAGCGUAACCGAUCUGGCCUUCAAAGUGGCUUCCCGCGAGCUCAAGAACGGUUUUGCUGUGGUUCGGCCCCCAGGACACCAUGCGGACCGUUCCACAGCCAUGGGCUUCUGCUUCUUCAACUCCGUGGCCAUCGCCUGCCGGCAGCUGCAGCAACAGGGCAAGGCCGGCCGGAUCCUCAUUGUGGACUGGGAUGUUCAUCAUGGCAAUGGCACCCAGCACACCUUCUACGAGGACCCCAGUGUGCUCUACAUCUCCCUGCAUCGCCAUGACGAUGGCAACUUCUUCCCGGGCAGUGGGGCCGUGGAGGAGGUGGGAGCUGGCAGCGGUGAGGGCUUCAACGUUAACGUGGCCUGGGCCGGAGGUCUGGAUCCCCCAAUGGGGGAUCCUGAGUACCUGGCUGCUUUCAGGAUAGUCGUGAUGCCCAUUGCCAGAGAGUUCUCUCCGGACCUGGUCUUGGUGUCGGCUGGGUUUGAUGCUGCCGAGGGUCACCCAGCCCCACUGGGUGGCUACCAUGUUUCCGCAAAAUGUUUUGGGUACAUGACGCAGCAGCUGAUGAGCUUGGCUGGAGGUGCAGUGGUGCUGGCCUUGGAGGGCGGCCAUGACCUCACAGCCAUCUGUGACGCCUCCGAGGCCUGUGUGGCUGCUCUUCUGGGCAACAAGGUGGAUCCCCUCGCAGAAAAAGGCUGGAAACAGAAACCCAACCUCAACGCCAUCCGUUCUCUGGAAGCUGUGAUCCGGGUGCACAGUAAAUACUGGGGCUGCAUGCAGCGCCUGGCCUCCUGUCCAGAAUCCUGGGUGCCCAGGGUGCCAGGAGCUGACGCAGAAGAAGUGGAGGCAGUGACUGCACUGGCAUCCCUCUCCGUUGGCAUCCUGGCUGAAGAGAGGCCCUCAGAGCAGCUGGUGGAGGAGGAAGAACCUAUGAAUCUCUAAGGCUUUGGAAUAAUUCUGCCGGCCCAUCCUGCCCUUCCGACCUGGUUCUCUUCUUACCUCUGGCAAUAGUACCUGCUCCUGGGGUUUUCAGAGGUCCUCUGGGCAGGUAGUUGUGGCCAGAGAACAGUCCCUUGACAGUCACUCCAAGGAGACUGAAAAGGCCCCUGGGUCUAGGAUAGGGACCAAAGAGGACCCUGAGGAGGCAGGCAGGGCAGCCGGCCAACCCCCUGUAGGGCUCUCCUAAAAACAGAGUCUGCCCAUGUGGGGUCCAGGCCCUACUGGGCCCCCAUUCCUCAGGACUGCACGGAGGACUGGCUCAGUCAGGCCCACCCAUAACCACUAUUCUUGGCGCUGUAGACCCUGGACUUUGCACACAGCCCCAGGCUCCACACAGAAAUGUGAACUUGGCCUCAGCCAGGGUAGCCCUUCCUAGGCUCUGAGGGCUGGAGUGGGGGGGAGGGAGACAGAUAGGAGGAGCCAAGGGGUCCUAUAUCCCUGAGUGCAGGGGGAGUCCCUCCUCUUGCCUGUUUACUCAAAUGACUAUGGAAGCCACCCCAACCCCGCACCACCACCGGGCAGUGAGACAAAGCUCCCUCGAGAGCAGUCAUCAUUAGGCCUCCUCUGGUGCCGACCAUCUCAGUGCCCUGGUGGAGGAGAAGGGUGCUCUUGGAGUUCCGUGCUUCCUGAUCCAAUGGUGCCAAACCCUCAUCUCCCCUCAGAAGCACAGUGUGACCCCCAGGGAUCCCUCGGUCACUGCCCCCUCCAGGAGUGUUCUCUUUCUGGGGUGUCUCCCACCCCAGCUCCAACUCCUGCCCCACAUAGGACUAGCUUGGCUGAGGGGGAAGGGGGUGGGAGAGUAGAUGCAAGACAUGGGGGAGGGGAGGCAGACUGGCAAAGUCAAGGCUUCUGGGGCCAAGAAGGAUAGUAUGUGUGUGCGAAUGUGUGCGAGAGUGUGUGUGUGCGUGUGUGCGUGUGCGUACAUGUCUUCCCUCGGACAACCAUACCCUGUGUAUGUAUGCAUGUUUUUGUAAAAAA